AUGAAGGGCUCAAUAAUUAAUAUGCUGAUCUCUCUAUCCUUCCUGCUUGCAAAUAAGCCUUGGGAUCACCUCUUACCUAGACUUAUAGGUGAGUUAAAACAUUGCACGCAGGCACACACCCUAAACAAGCAACACUUCAGGACUAAAAACAGUAUGUUUCAUGAUUGUACCUGUUAUGUACCACUUCUGUCCACUCCCCCUGUCCCUUUUAGGCAAAUCGGCUUUGCAUUGGAAAAUGUGAUUCACCCAUUUAGAAGGCCACCAUUCCAUUUGGGCACUGGAGGCACAAAAGUAGUAGCAAUUUGGGAAGAUAUUUAA